AUGCAUGCUCCAACUAUUGAUCAAUAUCAAGCUCUAAAAAGAUUACUUCGGUACAUCAAAGGCACCCUAAACUUUGGGCUACCCAUCAAUCUCGGCAAUCUGCAGCUCCGAGCAUACGCCGAUGCCGAUUGGGCAUCGAAUGAUCUAGAUCGAAAAUCUGUCUCAGGCUUCUGCACCUUUCUUGCCAACACUCUAAUCUAUUGGUCCGUAAACAAGCAAGCCACCGUCGCCAAGUCCUCCACCGAAGCAGAAUAUCGUUCUCUCUCAGCUGCGACCUCCGACGUGCUGUGGGUUCAUCACCUGCACAUCAGCUCCACCGAUCAAAUUGAGGACAUCCUUACAAAGCCGCUGGUCGCUUCGAAGACCUCCAUAGCAAACUAA